AUGCCAUCCAAGAUUCCGAUCGUCAAGAAGCGCACCAAGCCGUUCAUUCGGCAUCAAUCCGACCGAUAUGCAUCGGUCAAACAGGCAUGGCGCAAACCCAAAGGUAUUGACAACCGAGUCCGUCGACGUUUCAAAGGUCAACUACCUAUGCCAUCCAUCGGAUACGGUUCCAACAAAAAGACCCGACACCUGAUGCCCAAUGGCUACAAGAAAUUUGUCGUCAACAACCCUGGAGAAGUCGACCUGCUUCUGAUGCACAACACCACCUUUGCUGCUGAGAUCGCCCACAACGUCUCGGCCCGAAAGCGAAUCGAAAUCAUCGAGAAAGCUCGCAUUCUUGGUGUCAAAGUUACCAACGCUGCCGCCAAACUGAGAUCUGAAGAGUAA